AAAGAUGUACCUUGAUCGUAGCACGGAUAUGGUAAUGGUAGGAGGAAGGCAUCCAAUGAAAAUAACCUAUUCUGUGGGUUUUAAAUCCGAUGGAAAGAUUACGGCCUUGUACUUGAAUUUGUUGGUAAAUGCAGGCAUAUCAGAGGAUUAUAGUCCACUUAUUUCACAUGCCAUUAUAACUUGUCUAAAAAAAUACAACUGGGGUGCUCUCGCUUUUGAUAUUAAACUAUGCAAGACGAAUCUUACAAGUAAAUCAUCGAUGCGAGCACCAGGGCAGGUACAGGGAUCUUACAUUGCUGAAGCUAUUAUUGAGCGUGUAGCAUCUUUCCUGUCCUUGGAUGUCGAUGUUGUGAGAAAAAGAAAUUUGCAUACAUAUGAAAGCCUGAAGUUUUUUUAUGGAAGUAGCAGUGGAGAAGCUCCGGAAUAUACUUUACCUGCUAUAGUUGAUGAGUUGUUUACAUCUGCAAGCUACUUCAAUCGUCUUGAAAUGGUAUUGCAUUUCAAUAGUUGCAACAAAUGGAAAAAACGAGGGAUUUCUUGGGUACCAAUUGUAUAUGAAGUGGAACCAAUGCCAACACCAAGGAAAGUAUCCAUUCUAAAUGAUGGUUCAAUUGUUGUUGAAGUCGGAGGAAUUGAAAUAGGCCAGGGACUGUGGACAAAGGUGAAGCAAAUGGCUGCAUUCGGUCUUGAACAGCUAUGGGAUGAAGAGAAAAAAUAUCUUUUGGAUAGGGUUAGAAUCAUUCAAGCAGAUACUCUGAGUUUGGUUCAGGGAGGUUUAACUGCUGGAAGCACCAAAUCUGAAGCAAGCUGCGAAGCAGUUCGUCUAGCAUGCUCUAUUCUAGUCAGCAGAUUAAAGCCUCUUAAGCAAAGUUUGGAAGAGCAAAUGGGAUCAAUUUCAUGGGACACCCUUAUUACCCAGGCAAAUUUGCAAUAUGUGAACUUAUCAGCGAGUACAUUUUGGGUUGCUGACGAUACUUCAUCAUAUCUAAAUUAUGGGGCUGCUAUAAGCGAGGUAGAAAUUGAUGUUCUCACUGGAGCUACUACGAUAUUGAGAGCAGACCUUACAUAUGACUGCGGACAGAGCUUGAGUCCUGCCGUGGAUCUAGGACAGGUUGAAGGGUCUUUUGUUCAAGGAAUUGGAUUUUUUGUCCUAUUGAUUUUGUUCAAUAUAUAA